AUGUCUUGUGGUCUGUAUAUUCCGGGACUGUGCAAAGAUCUGAGAUAUUCAAGUAUGUAUGCUGCAGCCAGAGAUGCACUGUUGAAUGUAGCAGCGCCAGAGAGGCCAGCGGUUGUACUGGCAGCCUCAAUGGGGUGCCAUUUUGCCCUCCGGUUGGCGCUUGGCUAUCCGAAUCUCAUCAGAGCCAUCGUCUCUGUUGGUGGCACUUUCAAUCCUGGUGAAAACUGGCUGAAAGAAGACUCGAGUGACUGGGUCUAUGUCGGUUCACCAUACGCCGAUAAUGAUGAGAGCUACAAGCUGCCCAAAAUGUUCCUCAAUGAUCUUCAGGCGAACUACAUCACAAACUUGAAGGACAUUCGGCUGCCGGUCGAGAUUGUCCAUGGAACCAAGGAUGAGUCUAUUGGAGUGGAGAUGGCGAAAACACUUGCAGAACUCCUACCUAUGGGCACCUUGCAUUUGGUUGAAGGUGGUGACCAUCGACUGAGUACAGAAGAUGACUUAAGGCGUAUCGAAUCUUUAUUAGAGAAGCACCUCCUUUGCUGA